CUGGCACUGGACAGUGCCCAGAAGGCCAGCUGGCAUUAGAGUUUGUUUAAAUGACACGGAGAACAUGGCAGGCUGGCACUAGGACUGUCCUUGGCUAUGCCUGCUGUGGAUGGGGUCGGUGACCUUGAGGCGUAGCACAGACCCAAACAGAAUUGGGGGCUGGCGGGGCCCAGGGCUCCGCCCUCCAGGCUGGGCAGAUUGUGGGGCGGGGGUGAGCUCAGGUUCCGUCUGUGACCUGCAGCUGUUGGGAUGACUCAUGUCCCAGCAAGGACACUUCCUCUUCGACCCAGAACAGGGUCCACAGGGGGCUGGACCAGCGGAGGCUAAGGGCCCAUCUUGGCAGAGGCCUGGCACCUACUUGGGGCAGAGGGGCACGAGCCCCAUCUCAGGAAGCCCAGAGCCUCACUGCAGAAAGAAUCAGCUCCCAAGGCUGGCGAGGAUCACUGCCAAUUUAAGGCCAGCCUGGACUACAUAACGAGGAGACCCUGUAGGAAAAAUGCAGAAAAACAAAACAACAACAAACCGGAAUCCACUUCCCACUGGGCAGGAGGGGGAAGCCUGCAGGAGCUGGCACAACACCAAGCAGGACCUGCAGGCCAGAGCAGGCCAGCUCAGGGGGCAGGGCUGGAGAACGCCCCCCCCCCAACCCUGUCCCCAGGCCGUCCUGACUCCAGGGCCAGGACGUUCCAAACCUCCAUCCCUGGGCCCCACGGAAGCUGCCAGCCCCGGGAGGCCCGGUGUCCCCACCCUGUGCAUUAGUGCCACUCUCCUCUGCUAUCACGGCUACCAUCGCCAAGGCCUGGGGCAACAGGACCGGCCAGGCCUGAACUCACUGUCCCAGAGGAGGGGCUGAGCAGGCAGCUGUGCUGACAGCGCUCAGGGAGGGGCGGUCCAGAGGAAGGGGCGUGGGAUGGUCUGAACCCCUUGGGGAGGGCGCCGGGGUGGUGGGGACCAGGGACAGGGGCUCAUUCAAACCUUAGGGAAGAGAAGGGAUAAGACGCUGGGCACAAGGGGUCAAUGGGCAGGAUGCUUGCCUGUCAUCCCAGCAGUUGGGAGGCUGAGGCAGGAGGAUCACAGGAGUUGGGGCCAGCGUGGGCUACAUAGUGAGUGCAUCCUGGGAGACACAGCAAGACCCUGUCUCAAAACUCAACAGAAAGUGGGAGUGGGUAAUGGGCAUGGGGCAGGACCGCCAGGGCACGUGGGGCUGCGUCUGGGCUGCAGGACUCGAUGUCCAGGCAGGCUCCCCCCACGCCCCCACCCCGCAUGUCUGCAGCAGGGACAGGAGAUGGACAGUGGCGAAGCGCGUGGCCCAGGGGCACUCAUUGCUCAGCCGCCCCCGCAGGGAGGGGCGGGGAGGGGCGGGGCGGAGAUAAAGGGGCUCCGGUAGCAGGUAGCCGACCAGCGCCUCCGCGAUGAGCCAGGAGGACCCCAGCCUCGUGAGUGUGGCUGCCGCCUACCAGCGCUUCCAGCCUGCCGCCUACUUGCGCAACAACUACGCGCCCCCGCGCGGCGACCUCAGCCGCCCGGGUGGCGUCGGGCCUUGGAAGCUGCAAUGCCUGGCAGAGACUUUUGCCACCGGGGAGGUGACCGGGCGCACCCUCAUCGACAUCGGCUCCGGCCCCACCGUGUACCAGCUGCUCAGCGCCUGCGCCCACUUCGAGGACAUCACCAUGACGGAUUUCCUGGACGUCAACCGCCGAGAGCUGGGGCGGUGGCUGCGCGAGGAGCCGGAGGCCUUCGACUGGAGCGCGUACAGCUGGCACGCGUGCCUCAUGGAGGGCAGGGGCGAGUCCUGGCAGGAGAAGGAGCGCCAGCUGCGAGCCCGGGUGAAGCGUGUGCUGCCCAUCGACGUGCACCAGCCCCAGCCCCUGGGCACCGCCAGCCCCGCGCCCCUGCCCGCUGAUGCCCUGGUCUCCGCCUUCUGCCUGGAGGCUGUGAGCCCCGACCUGGCCAGCUUCCACCGGGCGCUGGGCCACGUCACCACGCUGCUGAAGCCCGGGGGGCAUCUGCUCCUCAUCGGGGGCCUGGAGGAGUCGUGGUACCAGGCUGGGGAGGUCAGGCUGGGGGUGGUGCCCGUGAGUGCGGGGAUGGUGCGCGAGGCCCUGGUGCGUGGAGGAUACGAGGUCCGGGACCUGCGCACCUAUACCAUGCCUGCACACCUCCGGACCGGCGUGGAUGACGUCCAGGGGGUCUUCUUCGCCUGGGCCCAGAAGAAGGCGGGCGUGGCGGUAUGAUGGUCUGGGGCAAGCUCAGACGCCCUGGUACUCAACGUGGCACCUAAUAAAGCCGCCGCUCCUGCUCUGAG